GCCAGUGUUCUGAUUCAUCUCUUCUGAUUCACACCUCGUCAUCCCACUCUUCUUUCUCCUUCCCAGGAUCAUCUUUUGGCGUGUCUUCCCUAAUUUCAACAGCAUCAGUUUGCCUUUUUUUCAUCUUCAGCUCUUUCAGGAAUACAACCAACAGGCAGUAAACCGUCAGGGAGGAUCGAGCCCAACAUCAUUACUACCGAAUAAAAUAAAAAAAAGUGCCCUUCAUCGCGAUCCCUUCAUUCCUAAAUGUCGGGAAUAUACAACCAUCGCCCUAUGGUUCCUGGCCGUAGUGCCGGUGUGCCUGAAUGGCUCGAUCUCAUCAAGCAAGAGUUCGACAGCUUGAGUCACGAAGCUAUGGUCGCCAAAGCACAGCGCGACGAAUGUGAACACAAGAUCAACAACCAAAUCCAAGAAAUGGACGCCUUUCGAAGAGCUCUGUACGAACUCGAGAGGAAACACGAAUCCAUGAAGAGCCAAUACCAUAUGGUAGAGGAAGAGGUUGUACGACUGAGACGCGAGGUCGAGCAGCGCGGAGGAGUCGUUCAACUGCCACACCAAAUGUCGCAUACUCAACCGCCCCCACCCAACAUCGGACACGGUCAAUCGAAUCUCUUCGGGAACAUUAUUAGUGGAGGCCCUGGGGGUCCUGGCUUGAUUGCGCCGCCUCAGAUGGUCGAUCCCUCGCAACAGCAGCAGCAACAACAACAGCAGCAACAGCAGGCCCAACAGCAACAGCAGCAACAGCAGGCUCAACAAACUCAACAGCAGCAACAGGCUCAGCAGCAGCAUCAUAUGCAGCAGGUCCAGCAUCAUCAACAGCAACAGCAUAUGCAACAACAGCAGCAGCAGCAGCAAGCGCAGCAACAGCAUCCUUAUGGUGGACCAAACAUGCCUCCUGGACCAGGAGGAUCUCACUCGCCUUAUUUGAACGGAAGUAAUGGUCUGUCUCAACAAGGCCAGCCCCAGCCAAAGCGAUUCAAGACCGAGAGCGAUGGAACUCGUUUCAAGACGGAGGGAGAUGUUCCGUCACCAGGCCCUUCUGGCAGUAUGUACGGAAAUAUGUCGCCUAACGCUCACGGUAACCCCAACGGACAACCUGCAGGAGUGGGUCCUGGUUACAAUUCGCCUGUCCCACCACCAUCCUCAAAGCAGCCUGCCAAACCUGGAAAGGGAGGCGCAUAUGUUCAGGCAAAGGAAGAAGCUGGUUCUCCGGCAGGGUCUGCUAACAACAAGCGGAAAUCCGGCGUAACUUCCUCGACCCCAACUACUGUGGCCCGUACAGGAAGGGGAGCCAACACGCCUUCAUCCAACUGGAGCGAUGAUCCCGAUAACGUCCCACCGCAAUUGAAGCGCGAGGGUCCUGACUGGUUUGCAAUUUCGAAUCCCAAAGUUCCGCAGCAAUUGAAGGUUGAUCUUGUUCACACAAUGGAACACACCAGUGUGGUUUGCUGUGUCCGGUUCAGCGCCGACGGCAAAUACCUUGCUACAGGAUGUAACCGCAGUGCCCAGAUCUUUGAUAUUCAGUCAGGCCAGAGCGUUUGCGUUCUUGCGGAUGACACUGCUGGAAAGGAUGAUCUUUAUAUUCGCUCGGUUUGCUUCAGUCCUGACGGAAAGUUCCUUGCUACCGGUGCCGAAGACAGGCAAAUCAGGAUUUGGGAAAUUGGUCGCAAAAAGAUCCGCAUGAUAUUGAAGGGCCAUGAUCAGGAUAUUUACUCAUUGGACUUCUCGCGGGAUGGGCGGAUUAUUGUUUCGGGAUCUGGGGAUCAGACUGCGCGCGUGUGGGACAUGGAGACCGGCAAAUGUUUGUUCGUCCUGACAGUAGGCGAUGCAAAUAUCAAGGACGCCGGCGUGACCUCGGUUGCUAUUUCACCGGAUGGUCGUCUUGUUGCGGCUGGAUCACUGGACCGGAUGGUUCGUGUCUGGGACACUCAUUCUGGUCAAUUAUUAGAAAAGUUGGAGGGACACAAGGACUCCGUUUACAGCGUUGCAUUCGCGCCCGAUGGCAAGACCCUUGUCUCUGGAAGUUUGGACCGCACAUUAAAAUCAUGGGAUCUCGGUCUUAUUGGCAGAAAUGGACAGAAUGGUGCAGCAAGGGGCACGAUAUGCAAGGCAACGUUCAACGGACACAAAGAUUUUGUGCUUUCCGUUGCCGUUUCUCCAGAUGGCAAGUGGGUCGUCUCUGGCUCUAAGGAUCGUGGAGUUCAGUUCUGGGACCCUAGUACGACAGCAGUUCAAUUCAUGCUUCAAGGACACAAGAACUCAGUUAUUUCUGUUGCCCUGAGUCCAGCCGGUACAUACUUUGCCACUGGUUCAGGCGAUACCCGUGCCCGUGUUUGGAGUUACGAGUCCACCCAGGAAUGAUAUCAGUAGUAGUAGUAGAUAGAGUUGUCUUGCUUUUUCUUUUGCCUCUCUCAGUCGAGACGUAAAACAAAUGGCGGCAAGGGAAC